CACGUGAUCGCGUUCUCAGUGCGCGCGGUCGCGCAACGCGUUUGUAUGAUGUCACGCGUGGUCUUCCACUCCGAGUCGAGUUACAGCAAGGUCAUAGAGACUUGGUCCUUACCAUCAUUAUCUGUUGUCCUUUAAACCUCCAUCGAACAUCCCACGGGUAACGCGAUUGGGCCUCAGACAUCUAGGGAACGAAAAACUAGCAUGAAGCGGGCUCGUCUUGACGAAGUACUUAACACCAAGCCAGACGACAGACAAGAAGGACCGCCCGCUAAGAAAGCAAGAAAAGACGUCGACGAGCGCGAUACAGAAGAUGCAGAGAGGAAGCAGGACAUAGCUUUAGACGCGAAGAGCGGCGAAGCCCGUUCUGUCAAGCACAAUUAUGAAGCAGGCAUGCUUGAAAGGGGUCAUAUUUACUUCUUCUACCGUCCCAAGGUGGAAUUGGAGGAGGCCCAUUCGGUAGCGGAAGUCCAGCGUUUCUUUAUCCUACUUCUGCCUCAGCAGUCGAAGGAUAGUAGGCUGCCGCCUAGUUCCGAGGAAGGGACAGCAGAGAGAGAGGAGCAGAGAGAAGGCGCAGAUCCAUUGCAGCCUGAUCAGACGAACUACUACCGGUUGCUAACAGUCGGGAAGAAGCGACUCCCUGAUCCUGAGGGCAAGACCGUUUUCUGGGGAAGCAUCGCGAUGGUCGGUCGAGAAAUGAAACAACUCCAAGACGGGUUAAAAGGGAAAGUUUAUGAGACAGCAACAACAGUGAACAACGACCCCAAAGCUCCCUCCGCGCGCGAGACCCACCUCGGCUACCACCUCUCGCACCCUACGACAGACGACUGGGGUGAAGUUCAAGCUGCGCUGAAUGUACACACCACCGCCUCAUUCGGCUUGCAGGUCAAGAAUCCACUCGCUUCGACGAAUGGCCAAGGGAAUGUCGGGUUGCCCGAAGAAGAGAGGGUGGAGUAUCCAGAGCACAUCAUGACGGAGGUGUUUGGCAGGGGUGGGCGAAGAGGUGUGAGCGAGUACGGACUUCGGUUCGCAUGCGUGGAGAGGAAGGAGAUGCUUGACUACGGAGGUGUCGAACUGCUUUUCAUCCCUGCAGGCAGCGGGGAGAAAGAUGUCCAGGAGAACUUGGGUGAGGAACAAAGCAAAGCGUUGGAAGAGGCUGGAGAAAGGGAGAGCCGGGAAGCUGUUGAACAAAUCUUCAAAGAACUCGCGUUGGAUUCCGAGGCAAUACCCACCGAUCCACUCGGAGGACGAUGGGCAUGA